AUGGUCACGCAAAUACUACUACUUCUCUUGAGUUUCCAAAUUUCUUCGUUAGUUUUCCUUUACCCUCCCUCCCUCUCUCAUACUUUCUAUUGCUUCUCAAACGAGAAAGGGCAACUUAUUAUUUCAAAAGUUGAUCCAAAAGAUUCAACUGAUUUUCUUUUUGAUAUGAAACGAAUACGAGAUGGUAGUGAUGAUAAUUCACAAUUUAAGCGGCCAUUUGGUUCCUCCCAUAGAGAAUCCUAUGGGCAACCACUCCCUGGAGGAGGCAGUGGCAUCGGCAUCGGCAUAGGCGUCAGCGUCAAUGGUGGUGGAGCAGGAGGAGGAGGUACUGGUGGUGGCAGUACACAAAGGCUCACAACCAAUGAUGCACUAACAUAUUUGAAGGAAGUUAAGGACAUGUUUCACGAUCAGAGGGAGAAGUAUGAUAUGUUCCUUGAUGUAAUGAAAGAUUUUAAGGCGCAGAGGAUAGACACUACUAGAGUCAUAGCAAGGGUGAAAGAAUUAUUUAAAGGGCACAAUAAUCUUAUUUAUGGUUUUAAUACCUUCUUGCCAAAGGGUUAUGAAAUCACCCUGACUGAUGAUGAAGAAGCUCCUCCAAAGAGAAUUGAGUUUGAAGAGGCUAUAAGUUUUGUAAACAAGAUUAAGAAACGUUUCCAAAAUGAUGAUCAUGUGUACAAAUCAUUCCUCGACAUCCUGAACAUGUACCGAAAGGAGCACAAGGGCAUCACUGAAGUUGACAAAGAG